UUAAUAGAGAUCGCGGAUCUGGCAACACCGCUCUCCGACUUCCACCUCUUGGUUCCCUACACAUCCAACCCCUCCGCCCCAGCAGGCAAUUCCUCCACCGGAAUAAACUUCCGAUCCACUCUUCAUAAAAUUCGAUCCGGUACUUAGUGUGAAAUGGAGAAGUCAUGCUCUUUGCUGAUACAUUUUGACAAGAGCACUCCAGCUAUUGCCAAUGAGAUCAAGGAAUCCCUUGAAGGGAAUGAUGUCCCUGCCAAGAUUGAUGCCAUGAAGAAAGCAAUCAUGAUUUUGUUAAAUGGGGAGACUCUACCCCAGUUAUUUAUCACGAUUAUUAGAUAUGUGUUGCCAUCUGAGGACCACACAAUUCAGAAACUGUUGUUGUUGUAUUUGGAGAUCAUUGAGAAGACAGACUCUAAGGGACGUGUGCUACCUGAGAUGAUCUUGAUCUGCCAGAACUUGAGGAAUAAUUUGCAGCAUCCGAAUGAGUACAUCCGUGGAGUUACUCUGAGGUUCCUUUGCCGCCUGAAUGAGGUUGAUAUCAUUGAACCUCUGAUUCCUUCCAUCAUGAGCAACUUGGAGCACCGGCAUCCAUAUGUACGGAGGAACGCAAUUCUUGCUAUCAUGUCUGUAUACAAGCUUCCACAAGGUGAGCAGCUUUUGGCAGAUGCUCCUGAGAAGAUUGAGAAUGUUCUUUCUACAGAACAGGACCCAUCAGCUAAGAGGAAUGCAUUUCUGAUGCUUUUCCAUUGUUCCCAGGAACGUGCAAUUAAUUAUCUACUGACAAAUGUGGAUAGAAUUCCAGACUGGGGUGAGUUACUUCAGAUGGUUGUCUUGGAUUUGAUUCGAAAAGUUUGCAGGACUAACAAAGCAGAGAAGGGGAGGUAUAUAAAGAUUAUUAUAUCUCUGCUAAAUGCCCCUUCUGCUGCUGUUAUCUAUGAAUGUGCUGGAACUCUUGUUUCUUUGUCUUCGGCCCCUACAGCUAUUAGAGCUGCUGCUAAUACUUACUGUCAGCUUCUUCUCUCUCAGAGUGACAACAAUGUUAAGCUUAUAGUACUUGAUCGGCUCAAUGAACUAAAAUCUUCUCACAGAGAUAUUAUGGUCGAUAUGAUAAUGGAUGUUCUUAGAGCACUUUCGAGCCCAAACCUGGACAUUAGAAGGAAGACACUUGACAUUGUUCUGGAAUUGAUCACUCCCAGAAAUAUUAAUGAGGUUGUCCUCACGCUGAAGAAAGAAGUUGUGAAGACUCAAGGUGGGGAGCAUGAGAAGAAUGGGGAAUACCGUCAAAUGCUUAUCCAAGCCAUUCAUUCUUGUGCAGUAAAGUUCCCAGAAGUAGCAAGCACAGUGGUCCAUCUGUUGAUGGAUUUCUUGGGUGACAGCAAUGUUGCUUCUGCUAUUGAUGUGGUUGUUUUUGUGAGAGAAAUAAUUGAAACCAACCCAAAAUUGAGGGUUUCCAUUGUUACUAGGUUACUGGACACUUUCUACCAGAUCCGUGCUGCACGAGUCUGUUCCUGCGCACUUUGGAUCAUUGGAGAGUAUUGUCUCUCUCUUUCUGAAGUUGAGAGUGGUAUUGCAACUAUCAAGCAGUGCCUAGGUGAACUCCCAUUUUACUCAGCUUCUGAAGAAGGGGAAGCUACUGAUUCUUCAAAAAAGCCUCAACAAGUGAACUCCAUUACUGUUUCAUCUCGAAGACCUGCUAUCCUUGCUGAUGGUACCUAUGCUACUCAAAGCGCAGCCUCUGAAACUGCUUUCUCUCCGCCAACUGUUGUCCAAGGAUCUUUGACUACUGGAAACUUAAGAUCUCUUCUUCUUACUGGUGAUUUCUUCCUGGGAGCAGUUAUUGCAUGCACACUGACAAAGCUGACACUAAGGCUGGAAGAAGUUCAACCAUCAAAAGUUGAAGUGAACAAAGCAACCACAGAUGCAUUAUUGAUUAUGGUCUCAAUAAUUCAGCUUGGGCAGUCUUCAGUUCUUCCUCAUCCAAUUGAUAAUGAUUCUCAUGACAGGAUUGUGCUUUGUAUAAGAUUGCUAUGUAACACUGGGGAUGAAGUCAGGAAGAUCUGGUUGGAAUCUUGCCGAGAGAGUUUUGUGAAAAUGCUAUCAGAUAAACAACUGCGUGAGACAGAGGAGAUUAAAGCAAAGGCUCAAAUCUCUCACUCCCAACCAGAUGAUCUCAUUGAUUUCUAUCAUUUGAAGAGCAGGAGGGGCAUGAGCCAAUUGGAGCUGGAAGAUCAAGUGCAGGAUGAUCUGAAGCGUGCUACUGGAGAAUUUGUCAAAGACGAGAAUGAUGCCAAUAAACUAAAUCGUAUUCUUCAACUGACUGGAUUUAGUGACCCAGUUUAUGCUGAGGCUUAUGUUACAGUUCAUCAUUAUGAUAUUGUCCUGGAUGUUACUGUAAUCAAUAGAACCAAGGAGACUCUACAGAAUUUAUGUUUGGAAUUAGCCACUAUGGGUGAUCUCAAACUAGUUGAGCGUCCUCAGAAUUACACUCUUGCUCCUGAGUCAAGCAAGCAGAUAAAAGCAAACAUCAAGGUUUCCUCAACAGAGACUGGAGUCAUUUUUGGCAACAUUGUAUAUGAGACUUCAAAUGUGCUUGAGCGCACUGUUGUUGUGCUAAACGACAUUCAUAUUGACAUCAUGGAUUAUAUCUCCCCUGCAGUGUGCAGUGAUACUGCUUUUAGAACUAUGUGGGCAGAAUUUGAGUGGGAGAACAAGGUUGCUGUCAAUACUGUCAUUCAAGACGAGAAAGAAUUUCUGGACCAUAUUAUCAAAUCUACCAAUAUGAAGUGCUUGACGGCUCCAUCUGCACUGGAGGGUGAAUGUGGAUUCCUAGCUGCUAACUUGUAUGCCAAGAGUGUGUUUGGGGAGGAUGCUUUGGUGAAUGUAAGCAUUGAGAAACAAGCAGAUGGUAAGCUGAGUGGUUACAUUAGGAUAAGGAGCAAAACUCAAGGAAUUGCUCUCAGCUUGGGGGACAAAAUCACUCUCAAGCAGAAAGGUGGCAGCUGAUCCAGUAAACACAAUGUUAGAGUCAGUGAAUUAUUCUGAUAGAAGAGGUGAUUGUCGUCUCUAAAAUUAGCUGAGAUAUGAUUGCUGGGUUUUAACUUGAGGCUUCUUCUGGUCUUCCGCUUGCAGCUCGGAAGGUGCUGGCAACUACUGAAAGAACCUGUAGAAUUUUAUUACUGCCUUAUUUUUUUCACCUUUCAAUUGGAGUCUUUUGCAGAAAAUUUUUGUAGAGAAGACUUGAAUAUUUGAUAGGAAUACCGAAUACCUUCUCUUGCCUUUUGUUUGGUUUGAGUGUAUAAUCUUUAUCCACUUAAGUGUUAGUUGGAAUUGCUCCUGGCCAGUGAAGACCUGAAGAAAUAAAGACAACAUCGGAACUUGUGAUUUCCUUACAGUUUCCAUUUUGCUCA